UUCUAACACGGAGCAGUAUCAGCCGCUGGGAGUGCGGGCACAAGCCUCACUCUCCCAGUGCGCCUCAGAGAGUCCAGCGGCCAGAAAGGCGCGCAGAUCGGGCUUUGCACGUUUGCAUUUUGCGAGGUUUUUAUUUUUGUUAACAAAAAGCAACCGGAAGAUGCCUUCAGAUCAGAACUUGCAAGGAGGAAAGGCAUUUGGAUUAUUAAAAGCCCAACAAAGGGAAAGGCUGGAACAAAUUAACAAGGAGUUCCUGGAAGAUCAGAAGUACAGAGAUGAGGAGGACCUGGAAGAGAAGCUAGACUCCUUUAAAAAUAAGUAUGCAGAGUUUGACCUGAAUGAUCAAGGAGAGAUUGACAUGAUGGGCUUGAAGAGGAUGAUGGAGAAACUGGGGGUGCCCAAGACUCACCUGGAGAUGAAGAAGAUGAUCUCGGAGGUGACGGGAGGGUGCAGCGAAACCAUCUCGUACAGGGACUUCGUCAAGAUGAUGCUGGGGAAGAGAUCUGCUGUCUUAAAACUAGUGAUGAUAUUUGAAGACAAGGCAAACGGAUCAAUCUUGAAGCCCAGCGGCCCCCCGCCCAAGAGAGACAUCGCCAGCCUCCCGUAGACGUGAGGAGCAGCCCAGGAGGCAGGGGCAGCCUGUGGACACACACUUGUCCCAUCCUGUGUCUUUGUAUCGGUGUGUGAAUAGAGCCUUAUUGUGAGUCGGGAUUCUACUGAUGAAGGAGACUCCUUGUAGGCAAGGAACUUGUCUUAGUUUUAAGGAGUCAGCAGAGUACAAAAUAAAAAUGUAGCUGUGAAGAAAAAAUGAAAAAAUAGUUUUAUUAUAAUAAGAACAAAUGUAUAUAUUUAUAUUAAGGAUAAUAAAAUAUUUUUAAUUACAGUACUCCAGACACCUUACACCCCUGUGAACUGAGUUUUGUGCUUUUUAUUGAAGUGAAUAAAGGCUGUUUUAGGAAAGAAACCAGAAGUAGCAACUAUCUUUUAGAUCAGUUCCACAUAGUGUAGCUAUUCAGAGGGAAUAGAGCAGUAAAUAGUAGCAGUGAGCAGCCAAGGCCUAAAUAAUAUCUAGAUAUGUAAUUUGUAACACCUAGUAAAUGGCUCCUGUAAUUAUACUAGUUUCUGCACUACUUUCAGCGAAGUGUUAUGAAAUAUGAAAUUUACCAGUGCUGUGUCUUACAUUCCAUAUGUGGAAUUCAUAACUCUAUAGUUCCUUGGACUCCCAUUGCAUGAAUGGAAGAAGGUUAGAGCCCUCUGAUUGUAUUCCGCCUGGAUGAGUCGGGCUAAUUAAGGCAUGGCGAUUAUGCUCAGCUUUCUGUAAUGAUGUAUGAUGUUUGUCACUUUGCAACAAAAAAGAAAAAGAAGACCUUUUCUUCUGUGUCACACAGUAAAGUUAAGAUGGCAAUUAAAAUGCUGCACGACUGCAAUACAAUAAAAAAGCACUGUAGUGCUUCAUUAAAUGUGGAAACCUUUGACUUUCCGCUGUAAACUUAAGGGCACAGUGUGCUUCAUUGGCAUGUGGAGCAUUUUUUAAAACCAGCUUGCUUUAUGUAAUGUGCUAAACUUCCUUUUUUUGUGUAAUGAAGUCUUGAUUCCAAAAGCAAACCCUUCCUUGACCUCAUAAAUUGGACAUGAGUAGUUGUCUUCAUUCCUUGCUUCCUCACAGUGCUUGCUUAUUCCUUUUUAAACUGAAGCAAUGGACUAAACUAAAAAGAAAAAGUCUCAGAAAAAGUGGACAUCUAUUAAAUAAAUGUUUUACUAUGAUAUAUUUCUAGAACGAAAUUGUGAGUACUCAUUUCUGUAUCUUACUCUCACUGUUAGUCCUGCAUUUUACAGACUCUUAAUCCAUAGCUUGUCAAAAGCUUCUGUUCCUGACUUUAAGUGAGGAAGUAAUUUAUGAUUAUGAGAAAGCAUUUUCACUUUGUCAGUAUUCAAGUUAGGAACUGGAAUUAAAAAGAUUAUUUGAUAUAAUUACAAGUUGUUUUGUACAUUACAAUAGCCAGACUGCCCAUAGUAAAUUCCUUUUUGUAGUACAGUUUUUCACUGAACUCAUGAGAAAUAUACUGAAGUAAAUGCUGUUCACUACACAUUUGUUUUCUUGAAGAACAGAGGUACCCUCAUAUGUAGGGUCAUCAACUUUCAGCAUUUAUUCCUGUCUUGAAAUCCGCUGGCCUUGAAAUGUCUCGUGUGCAAAGAAAAACAAAUCGGGUAACAGUGAAAUUGUCUUCUGUGAACGCUUAACUUUGUUCAGAAUAAAGACACUGAUACAGUGCUGGCUGAUUCAGAGCUAUAACUGCUUGUUGCCAAAACUGAAUCCUCCCACUGUUUUUAUACUUUGUGUUGAACAAAUUCCUGCACACCCACAGUCUUAAUGAAAAAGCAGGAUUGUGUAUGGGCUACAUCCCUUGACAGUGAGAGUGUUCAGAGAUCAGCUAUGGAUAACCAGAUGUUUCGGGAUCUUUUUGGACAGGCUUUGCUUUGCUUUCUUUAAGGCAAACAGGAAUGACUGAAAAGGAGCACAUGGCUGAAAUACAGUAGCUGUAAAUCGUACGUAAAUCCUACAUCACUUAAAACUUCUACUAUUAAAGUAUAUAAUAAUAUAUGAUCUAUAUAUUAUUAUAUAAUGCAUGUCGCUUGAUGUCCCAUUAUUUGUUUAAGGUGUCAUAACUAGUUAAUUGGUUUAUUUUUAAAUUUAUUUUUCUGUUUUGUUCUACAGUAUCUGUGCCUCUUUUCUUAUAUUAAAAAUACAUAACAUCAACUCUUAAAAGUUUGUAAUGUGUUAGUAUUACAUGUCUUAUACUUGUUUUCUCUGAAGCAAUUUAAAUCUCAUGUUCAGUAGCAAUUUUAAACACUGUAAAAUGCAGAUACACCAAAGGAAUAAAGCUCAAACUAAAAAUGUG